CCGACACCCCACCCUCACUGACCCUCUGCGACUGUCCACUCAGUCCGCCCUGAAGCUGCCUAGUGACCAAGAACUUGGGACCAGGUCGCAGCUGACGUCGCUGCCCAGAUGGCCUCCAGGCUGACCCCGCUGACCCUCCUGCUGCUGCUGCUGCUGCCUGGGGAUAGAGCUUUCUCAGGUCCGGAAACUACCAGCCACAACACCCAGGAUCCACUGGUCACUCAAGAGGCAAUCAGUGAAGUCUUCCCUGAAAAAGAUGAGCCCUUGAAUCUCACUGAGCAUACACCACAGUCUUCUACCUGGCCAACAACCAAUGUAUCCACCAAAGAUACAGCUGACACUGUAUCCACCAAAGAUACAGCUGACACUGUAUCUACCAAAGAUGCAGCUGACACUGUAUCCACCAAAGAUGCAGCUGACACUGUAUCCACCAAAGAAGAUACAGCUGACACUGUAUCCACCAAAGAUACAGCUGACACUGUAUCCACCAAAGAUGCAGCUAACACUACGCAAGCCUUCCUCAAGCACACCCAACCAGCUGAGCAGCUACCCACAGCGUCUCCCAGCCAGCCCACUAUGAAUUCUUCCAGCCAAUCCCCCGUGGAUCCUCCCAGCCAACCUUCCACAACCACAGAUUCUCCCACCCAGGCUCCUGCUGAGCCCUUCUGUUCAGGGCCACUUGCUCCAUGCUCUGAUUUUGACAGAGAGUCCUCAGAGGCUACACUGUCGGAGGCCUUGACAGAUUUUUCUGUGAAGCUCUACCACGCCUUCUCAGCUACUAAGAAGGCUGAAACCAACAUGGCCUUUUCCCCAUUCAGCAUUGCCAGCCUCCUCACCCAAGUCCUUCUUGGGGCUGGAGACAGCACUAAGAGCAACUUAGAGAGCAUCCUUUCCUACCCCACGGAUUUUGCCUGUGUCCACCAGGCUCUGAAGUCCUUUUCAUCCAAAGGCGUCACUUCUGUGUCGCAGAUCUUCCACAGCCCAGACCUGGCCAUAAGGGACACCUAUGUGAAUGCCUCUCAGAGCCUGUAUGGAAGCAGCCCCAGAGUCCUGGGCCCAGACAGUGAUGCUAACUUAGAACUCAUCAACACCUGGGUGGCUGAGAACACCAACCACAAGAUCAGCCAGCUGCUAGACAGCCUGCCCCCCGACACCCGCCUUGUCCUGCUGAACGCUGUCUACUUGAGUGCCAAGUGGAAGAAAACAUUUGAUGAAAAAACAACGAAGGCGUCUUUCCUCUACAAAAACUCUGUGAUUAAAGUGCCCAUGAUGAGUAGCAAAAAGUACCCUAUGGCCCAUUUCAGUGACCAGACUUUGAAGGCCAGGGUGGGGCAGCUGCAGCUCUCUCACAACCUGAGCUUUGUGAUCAUGGUGCCCCGGAGCCAGAAGCACAGGCUUGAAGAUAUGGAAGAGGCACUCACCCCCACUGUCUUCAAGGCCAUCAUGAAGAAGCUGGAGCUGUCUAGAUACCAGCCCACUUACCUGAUGAUGCCCCGAAUCAAAGUCAAGAGCAGCCAAGACAUGCUGUCCAUCAUGGAGAAAAUGGAAUUCUUUGACUUCACUUACGAUCUCAACCUGUGUGGCCUGACUGAGGACCCAGAUCUUCAGGUGUCUGCCAUGAAACACCAGACGGUGCUAGAGCUAACCGAGACAGGUGUGGAGGCAGCUGCAGCCUCUGCCAUCUCUGUGGCCCGAAACUUAGUCAUCUUUGAGGUGCAGCAACCCUUCCUCUUCCUGCUCUGGGACCAGCAACACAAGUUCCCAGUCUUCAUGGGCCGGGUCUACGACCCCAGGGCCUGAGACAGGCAGGAGUCGGGCUCUAGUAAGCCCUGCCACCCAGGCUUCAGCUCAUCCAGUUAUUACCUUGCCACUGCCUUCCCUAGCCACUUCCAGCCUUAGGAUCUGGCAGAGGGAACUGUUUUCACCCACCAACCCUAUGGCAUCGGCAUGCUCUCUAAACCCGUUUUUGCCGCUUGAUGGUUCAGGUUUACCAGACUCAACAAAUAAAACUUGCAGACAUUUCUUCUCUC